CUGUUCUCAACGAUUUCUCAUUGAUAAGGGUUUUGAGACCGCUGUUAUUGGAGCAUUUAAAGGAACCUACUUUCUGAUAAUACCAUACUGCGGUUGAACGAUUGCAGAGUAUGCCACGCAAGCGACGAGCCUCGACACCGUCGUUCGAAGUAGAGGACGAUGAUUUUGCCAACGACGAAAAGUACAGCAAAGACGAGUUAGACAACCGUGCGCCAAGAAACGCAGCGAACGCGAGGGAACGUGCUCGGAUGAGGGUGCUCAGCAAGGCGUUUUGCAGAUUAAAAACCACUUUGCCCUGGGUACCGGCAGACACGAAGCUGAGCAAACUGGAUACCCUCCGUCUAGCUGCAACUUACAUCGCUCACCUUCGAGCGGUCCUCAGGGACGACGGCGACACCCAUUCGGAAACGACCAGGUCUUUAUCUCUGGCGCUGUCGUGGCCAUUCGCGCUUCAAGGCGGCAACGCGUCGAUGUUGAUGAACAACAGUUGUAACGUGUCAUCGUCGACAACACCGAGCUCUAAUCAGUACCGUGGCCAGCAGGGAACCCACGAGAUCCAGAAUUUCCAUCACCCUGGACAUCAGAGCAUGUCAAUGCGUCACAAUCACGAGCCGCAGCUCUCCUAUUUCUAAUACCAAUCUCCAA